AUGGCCGAUUCUUAUGAAGCCUACAAUCAUUCAGUUGAUCAGAAUAUUAACGCAAGACUGAACUUGACGGGCACUGAGUUACAGGCUAUGUUAGAUACAGCCGUAAACAAAGCCGUGGACCGAGUAUUAAGGGAUCAUAUGAGAAACUGCGAUAAUACCCCAAAUAAGGGUUACAAAAAGGGUAAGACUGGUUUGAACUGUAACCAGUUCAAGCCGAAUGAGGCAAAACCCAAAUGUAAAACCUGCGGGAAGCAGCACUUCGGAAAAUGUUUCCAUAAGCAGAUCAGGGGAUGUGGCAUCUGUAAGAAGAUGGAUCACAAGACUCAUGACUGCAAAGACUUGAUAAACGCCACAUGCUAUGGUUGUGGUGAGAAAGGGCAUAUAAAGACUCGCUGCCCAAAGAGGGCGACUAAAGGAAAAUGCACUAUAGAUUCACAAGCCAAGCCUUGUGGAAUCUGUAAUAAAGAAGGGCACAAAACUUUGGAGUGCCAAAAUAUAAAGGACGCAACCUGCUACGGUUGCAGUGGAAUAGGGAACAUCAAAACUAAUUGCCCAAAUAAAACUAAGAAGCCUGAAGAGGCUAAGAAGGGAAACGCCUGA